CUUCAGCUCCUCUAUUGAAACUUUGUAUCGCUGCCUUCUACGCAUAAUUAUCAUGACGCUGAUACUACCGAAACUAUACCGGGUUCAACAUUCAACGUCCUUUACUCACCACGCUAAUCACGAAGGCUUUAGAGCGAAGGGUACAUACUGGAUGGACUAUAGCCAUUGGUUCAAUCCAAGAAAGGUGACGAAGCAUCUAGAUUGGAAAGAUAGAUCACUCGAGCCAAGCCCGUUUAUAUCCUUCUUUGAUAACCUAAAGGAUACUCAAAUGCGGGCGUCAUUCCACCGCAAGGCAGGCUGUGAGGGGGUGUUCGUGGCAGAGAUCGAUAUCUCCAAUUUUACUCCAUACUGCCUUCGUAUCGAGUUUUUGGAAGGACCUAUUGAACUAAAUGGCUUGCUACAUACCCCGACAACGACAAUGCUGUUCCCUUUGGUGGAGCUAAGGAGCAAAUUUCAUCUUGAUUUUCGAAUAAUUCAGUCCUCGGAAUGGAUUGCGCUAUCGUAUAUUCCACCAGAGAUAGUUACCUAUACGAAUUUUUAAGUGCGUGCAAGGCACCUUGCUCGGAUUGCGAAGUGGAGACGGCGAUGGCAAUAGAGGAGGUUUGGCGGUCGUGACAUAAGAAAAGGGAGGGAAGAGGUGUGGAAAAGGUUUCUCUCCAGGAAUCAGGAUUGCUCAUGGUGGCAAUCUUCCUUAUCAUGUUGUCUAGUCGAGGCCAGUAGCUGUGCACCCAAAGGAUAGCAAAAUGGGAAUGUCAUUUCUACGACCUAAAUAGGCAGUAGC